AUGUUGGCUUGGUUGUUGUGGGCUUUGCUGGGCUUGGGCGUGGCGGCGGUCCUGGCCAACGUGCUGGAGCGGCUCGUGGCACGCGUGCGCCAGAACCAUCAUAGCGCAGCUCCCUCCUAUCUCCAUGCGGAGCAGCGCCGCGAUCGAGAGCGACGCGAGCUGGCAACGCAAGCCGAUGCCCUGCGUGCUCAGCAAGGCCACACCCUUCGCCGUGCCAAGCGCGAGGCAGAUCGCACCAGCCAGCUCACGGUGCAGCGCCAGCUUCGUCAACAACAAGAUGAAGAUUUUGUCCGAUCCCUGGCCGCCGAUCAAGCCGCUGCAGCGACCCGCGCGGCGGCACAAGCAGCCCAGGAAGAGACCGAAGCACUGGCCGCGCAGACAGCCUCUCAACUCAAGGCCCUCAAAGAUAAUCUGUCCCCAGAACCAGCCCCCGAUGCACCUGCAGCGCUCACUCUGGCCCUGCGCUUGCCCAACGGGCAGCGACUACGUCGGCGCUUCGAGUCACAUCAGCGCGUUCAGGAUGUGCUAGAUGUGAUGCGCGUUCAACAAGGAUCCCUUGAAGAGCUGCACCUCGUAUCCCCUCAAGCUCCAGACCAGCCCUGGCAACCCUCAGCAACGCUGGCACAGGCCGGAAUCCGAAACCGUGACCUGGUCAUGGGAGUCUUUGUGGAUAUUUAG